AUGAAAGACUAUCGUUGGUCAUUGAUUUUACAGGAAUAUGAAUUUGAUAGUCAACAUAAGAGUGGCUCAUGUCAUUUAGACGCUGACUGUCUAUUAAGAUGUAUAUCAUCAACUUAUAUGUCCAACAAUGUUAAUGAUGAUGAUCAUAAUGAAGAUACUAUUCCAGCUCACAAUGAAUUUCGUCCAUCAUUCACUCCAAAUAACACCCAUACUUCACAAAAUAAUGCAGUACAAACACGUGUACAAACGGCUGCUCUAGAUAACGCAUCAAAACCCAAGUCAAUAACAUCAUCGAAAUCUCAGCCAACCAUAUCAUCAACACUUCAACCAAUAACAUCAUCAUUUGCAUUCAACAGCUCAUCUUCAACAUUAGGUUUUAACUAUUCGAAAAUUCCACAAUAA